UUGAGCUCAGCGAGGGUUCUAAUUUCCAGCAGACAUUUCUAGGGUUUAACGUUUAUUCAUUUUCCCAAUCAUCAUGCUUUAAUCCAAUUCCAGAUCUAGAAUCUCUCAAUCAGCAUCAUGUUUACUCUCCGUAGAGCUUCAAAUCAUCUCAGAACCAGACUACAUAGUUUAAGAGCAGUAGGAGCAGCAGCUCCUCCCCAAUCAUAUCAUUCGAAAUCAAACAUUCUUCAUCAAAUUUCACAAAAUCAAUCAAUUAAUCUUCACCAGACCCGACCAAAUCAUCGAAAUUUCUUCACAUUUCUUGGUUCUAACUCACAAUCAGAUGCAAAGAGUAACGGGGAGGAAGAACAACAAGAAGAAGAAGAUGAAGGUGAAAAUCUGGAAGAUGGGUUCGAUGAGCUCGAUGAUCCUUCUACUAAGGAAGAGGAUACAGUUUCUAAGGCAGAGGAGGAGGAGGUAACAACUGUUCCUUUCGAUCUAUUUCAUGUAAUAGUUAGUGCACCUUCAAGGGAUGUUUAUGCAGCACUUGAUAAAUUUAUGGAAGAAGUUAAGGCAGUAGAGCAUGUUAAGAUCAGGGAAGUGUUGCAUAAUCUUAGAAAAUGCAAAAUGUAUGAAUUUGCAUAUCAAUUAUCAAACUGGUUAGAAUCAAAACACUUGUUUAUUUGUGAAGAAGAGAAAGAUUACGCGACUCGGCUCGAUUUGAUUGCUAAGAGACGCGGAAUGGCAUUGGCUGACAAGUAUAUGAAAAAUUUGAUCCCGGAGACCUGUAAGGGGGAAACGGUGUACGGGACUAUGUUGUCUAAUUAUGUUAGUGUUGGUGAUGUGAAGAAUGCUGAACAAGUGUUUGAGAAAAUGAGGGGUUUGGGGUUCCCGGUGAGUGGGUUUGUUUGUCAACAGAUGAUAUUGUUGUACAAGAAAUUUGAUAAGAGGAAGGUAAAGAGUGUGCUGAUGUUAAUGGAGGAAAAUGAUGUGAAGCCGACUCGUUUUAUCUACCUUCUGUUGAUAGAUUUAAAAGGGGAGGCUAAUGAUAUAGCAGGGAUGGAAGAGUUGGUUGAAUCCUUGAAAAGUGAUGGUUUGGAGUUAGAUAACUAUAUCCGCGCCGUUUUGGCUAGACACUAUAUUGCUGCAGGGUUAGACGAGAAGGCAGGGAAGAUUUUGAAGGAGAUGGAAGGAGAAGUUUUGGAAGAAAAUCGCGGUGUGUGUAAGGGUUUACUUCCUCUUUAUGCGGCUCUUGGUAAGGCCGAUGAGGUUGAAAGGAUAUGGAAGGUUUGUGAAUCAGAUGGUCGUGCUGAUGACUCCUUGGCUGCCAUCAGUGCUUUUGGCAAAGUGGGAAGAGUGGAAAAGGCAGAAGAGAUAUUUGAAAAAAGGAUCAAGUCAGGGAAGAAUAUCUCAUCGAAGGUUUAUACAGCUCUCAUGGAUGUUUAUAUAGACCAUAAGCUACUUACAAAAGGUGAAGAUUUGGUAAAAAGAAUGGCAAGUGCUAGUCAUCCUAUAAAUCGGUUUGUUUGGCACACUCUCGUGAAGCUCUACGUAGAUGCUGGGGAGGUUGAAAAAGCGGAUGCAGCUUUGCAGAAGGCUCUGCAGCUAUGGGAUAAACGAAAGAAGCCACCGUUGUAUAAGUCUUUCCAUGUGAUAAUGGAUCAGUAUUCAAGAAGAGGUGAUAUUCAUAACACUGAGAAGAUCUUUCACCAUUUGAAGCAAUCGGGUUAUGUGAGUAAACUUUGGGAUUACCAAUCUCUCCUCCACGCUUAUAUAAAAGCCAAAGUCCCGGCUUAUGGGUUAAGAGAGAGGAUGAUGGCUGAUAAGUUAACCCCGAACAAGUUUGUUGCUGGACUAUUGGCACAGGUCGACCCUUUCAAGAAGACGGCAAUAUCCGAUUUGCUCGAUUGAGAGAGAGCAUCCUUAUAGGUAGGAGUUUCUUUAUCAGUUGCAGCUAUUUGUUUGUGUGUUUGUUUGAUUUCCUUUUUGAUUACAAUGAUCUUGUAGAAAGUCUACUUGUAUGUAUUACUGGUGGUGGUUGUGGUAGCUUCUACACAUCUUUUUCAACUGCAUCCAUCACGUUGUUGCAACAUGAUAUGUCGAGCAGUCCAGCAGCGUACCCAGUACUACUUGCAUUCUUGUGAAACGACUUCUCAAUGGCGUGUUUGGAGGAAGUUGUUGUUGUUUGAAUUGGUAAUGAAGUUCAUGAGGUGUUGCUGAAGAAUAACCAGGGAUGUGGAGGCCUGUUACACCAGCCAUGAUGUUUCACUGGUGGGGUUUAAUGCAUUUCCCUGUGACUUGGAUAUUUACACCCAAGUUAUCCCUUACUUUUGGCUUUUCUUUUCUUUUCCCAGAUGGUACCUACCUUUCUUACAGGGUGUUGCAUCUCUGAUACAUAACAAGGCUUUGGCGGAGCCAGUGUUUUGUCCUUUUUACGCUUUUCUGUUCCUGCUGCUUCUGCGUUGAUACUCUUUGUGAACGUCAUGAUGAUUUUCUUCUUCGUCUUCUUUGAUUUUUGAUGUGAUUAUAGCAACUGAUAUGAUUCUGUUCUUUA